AUGGCAGCACUUGUAGCUCUCUCUACUGCACCCACGGCGCUGUCUUUUGCGGUGAAGGAAUUGCUGCUGCGCUCCUACGCACAGCAGCAGCAGCAACAGCAGCAGCAGCAGCAGCAACAGCAGAGGGUUGUCGAUGACGACAACGGGCGGCUGCUGCCGCUGUUGGAGCAGCAGCAAGAGCAGCAGCAGCAGCAGCAGCAGCAGGAGGAAGAGGAGGAGGAGGAAGAGCCACCGCAGCAGCAAAUCGGCAGCAGCACAGUUGCUCUGCUCCCGCAGCAGCAGCAGCAGCAGCAGGAACAACAGCAGCAGCAGCAGCAGCAGCAGCAAAGACGCAGGAGCAGCAGCCGCAGAGCAGCAGCAGCAGCAGCAGCAGGCUUCGCUCGGGGCCGUCUACAUCUGCUGUUUGUUUGCUUCGGCCUCACCCUCAGCAGCUGCUUCUGGUGCUGCAUCCUAGCACCCCUUAAUGCUGCUCUCAAAAAGAGCCCCUCUGAGUCUGUUGCUGAUUUUCUUUCUUCGGCCGUCCGCUGCUUUAUGGGCGAACAGCAGGAAACCAAUUACGUGUCUCCUGCUGGUGCGGCGUAUCUGUCUCCUUUUAUCUCUGCUGCUCAACAUACGCCAGCAGCAGCAGCAGCAGCAGCAGCAGCAGCAGCAUCCCCAGCAGCAGCACCAACAGCAGCAUCCCCAGCAGCAGCACCAACAGCAGCACCAGCAGCAGCAGCACCAGCAGCAGCAGCAGCAGCAGUUUCUGUUUCUCCUCAGCAAUGCAAAGCAGCACCAGCAGCAUAUGCGGUAGAAACGACAGCAGCAGCAGCAGCAGCAACAAAGCAAAAUACAGCAGCAGCAGCUGCUGCUGUCUCUGCUUCUGCUGCUGCUUCAGGCUGCUCUAUAUGCACAGCAGUAGAAUCAGCAGCAGCAAGAACAGCAGCAGCUGCAGCAGGAGCAGCAGCAGCUGCAGCAGGGGCAGCAGCAGCUGCAGCAGGAGCAGCAGCGGGUGCAACACGGCUAUUCGGUGCUGCUGCUUCUGCUGCUGUUCCCCCUAAGACCUCAUAUGGUAUCUGCCGCCGCGGCCUGCAGCAGCAGCAGCAGCAGCUGCUGCUGCUGCUGCAGCUGCUGCAGCUGCCGCCUCUACGCUUGAAGGAUACGAAGGCGGACAGCAGCAGCACUGCUCCUUCAGGACACACCGCAGCAGCAAACGCAGCAGCAACAGAUGCAGCAGCAGCAAACGCAGCAGCAGAUGCAGCAGCAGCAGAUGCAGCAGCAACGCAUGCAGCAGCAACACAUGCAGCCGCAGCAGCAACAGAUGCAGCAGCGCGUAAACAAAUGCAACAGACGCAGCAGCAACACAUGCAGCAGCAACACAUGCAGCAGCAACGCAUGCAGCAGCAACACAUGCAGCCGCAGCAGGCGCAGCAGCAACAGAUGCAGCAGCGCCAGCAGCAGCAGCAGCAGCAGCAGCAGCAGCAGCAGCAGCAGCAGCAGCAGCGCUUUGAACACCACUUCAGCAGCUGGCGACAAAAUCAGAGCACCAACAAGUUCUUCAUCAGCGCCAAGGCUGCUGCUGCUGCUGUUGCUGCUGCUGCUGCUGCUGCUGCUGCUGCUGCUGAGCUCUGCGGGGACAAGCGAGGCCGUUACAAGGGUGCCUGUCGGUGCACAGCAGCAGCAGAUGGAAAGUCUAUCAACCAGCAGCAGCAGCAGCAACAGCAGCAACAGCAGCAGCAGCAGAGCAGCACCAGCAGCAGAACAGCAGCAGCAGAGAAGCAGCAGCAGCAGCAGGAGCAGCAGAAUGCUGCUGCUGCUGCUGCUGCUGCUGAGCUCUGCGGGGACAAGCGAGGCCGUUACAAGGGUGCCUGUCAGUGCACAGCAGCAGCAGAUGGAAAGUCUAUCAACCAGCAGCAGCAGCAACAGCAGCAGCAGCAGCAGCAGCAGCAGCAGAGCAGCACCAGCAGCAGAACAGCAGCAGCAGAGCAGCAGCAGCGGAGCAGCAGCAGCAGCAGCAGCAGCAGCAGAUAUACCGGGUCCGCAUCCGCAGGUUUGUACAGUGAGAGCUGCACGUACACCCCAGCCUUCUUCUUGGCGGUGCAGCAGCAGAGCAGGGCAGCACCCCUCAGCAAACUGAAAACAAAACCCUAA